CUAUUGUAAACAUUCACCGCAUGUGCGGUAACAUGGAAUCUAACUUACUUUACGCGAGUUUGUUUCUGUACCUCCGUCUUACAGUGAAAUAGUGUUUGACGUUUCCACCGGCUCGUGUCUUCAACUCGCGACUACAUUUCUCAAAAAAAAAAAAAUUAUGUAUUAAUUUGUAUUUUCCUUAUACGAUAAAUAUGAAUUCUUCAGUGUGAAUAUUUAAACAAAAUAAAAUUUAGUUUCCCCCCCCCCAAAAAAGUGCUAUUUUCUUGAAUCAUCUUAUUAUCGUAAAUCUCGAAUAUUGGACAAUAUUCCAAGUGUUUGUUUCUUAAAAUAGUGUCAAGAAGGAUCAAAGUGUGUAGAAAAAAUGAUUAUGACGCCAUGGUUGAUGGCAAUUUUCUGCUUGGCUACUGCUGGAUGUUCAAAUAUCACCGAUCAACAGGCGUCAGAAAGUAAUCAACAGGUGGCUAUUCUUAAGCAAAUUAGGAAAGUCAAUGAAGAUGGAUCAUAUACUUUUGGCUAUGAGGCUGGCGAUGGUUCAUUUAAGGUCGAGAGCCGUGACGUGUUAGGCAACGUAAAGGGCACUUUCGGUUUCGUCGACGCCGACGGCGAAAUAAAAAGGGUCUCCUACACCUCCUCAAAUGGAACUGGCUUUAAAUCGACCACCGUCUCACCAUUGCAGGAACACGUCACAGCAGUCCAGAGUCGACACAAUCGUACAACAUCAUCCACGAGGAAGCCACCCACAGUUGUCUACGCAACAUCCUCAGAAACCUCAACAAAAUCCUCAGUAGUUCAAUCAAUACCAAGAACCCGAAAAACCACAACAACACCCAUUUCACCAACAACCAUCACUUCAUCGUCAAUCGAAUCCACCACAAAACCCGGUCUAUCACAUUUUCGAACCACAACCCGAAGUCGACCCCGUUUCAUCAUCAAUGGCCAGCAACGUCCUCCAAUUCUCGAGGAGGAAUCAUCGACUGAAGACACCCAAACGAAAAAACCCGAGGAAAAAGUUUCGGCUUUUAGAAAGAUCAUCUUUGCUAAACGACCGGUGGACGUGACGCUAAGGCCAAUUACGGAGGAAUUCGAGGAGAAGGAGGAGGACGAUAAGAUCACGACCGGGAAUUCGUUGAGAAGACAAUUGCACGAGGAGACAACGAAGGCAGUUCCGAUCGUUAAAAUCGAGAAUAUCGAGGAUGAUCAUGGGGAUCAUGUCUAUGGAGGCGCUUUGUCUACUACAAGACCUUUGUUCACCACCGGCAAUCCUCCGAGGAUUAUUCAACGCGUCGCGCCCCUAAGACCCGAACGGACGAAAUCGGUCUUCAUCAACAACAACUUAGGACCCGCUAGGUUCGACCCAGAACCAAAAGUCCAGGACGACAGGGCAAAUGCGGCCGCGAUGCAGCAACAAAUACUCCUUGGUCCUCAGGAACAACCGCGAGAUUUGCAGACGACAGCAGAACAACCAGUUUACGUUCGUCAGCAAGACUACCGGGUCCUACCACCAGGAGGGAUCUUGGUCCGAGGACCCCCAAUCGAAAACCUUCUAGAGGAAGAACCGGCGAACUACCGUACGAACAAUCGCGUUCUCUACAGACCCCAACAGAAUGUCUACCCCACAACAACCACCGAACCGAACGUUCAUUACCUAACCGAACAACCAGUGGACGAUCCCCGAGUGAACCAGGAAUACGUCCGGAGAGACAGAAUCUACCGUCCCCUCCCGCCCUACGAACCCCGAUCUCGACCAAUGCUCCAGCCCGUCAGGCCCAUUCCCCGACCCAUCGACGAUCGGGACUAUCAAAAUCUCUCCCCGGACGGCUAUCAAUACUCCGGACCCAUAGCCUUGCCGCCAGAACCACCGAAUCCGAUCGCACCACCUCUGAGUCGUCGUGACUUCCAAAUGCUACUAAGAAGACUCCUUGUGAGUCAAUACGGAGUUCAGGCCCUAACGUACCCAAAGACCUACUUGGAAGACGCGCUCUACGAUCAGCAACCAUAUCCAUCGUAUCAGUCCCCGUAUCGGACGUCCGCACCCAGACAGGAUGGUAGCUUCGAACCACGAUAUGGCGACAGGGUCCCACUCGUCAGAUCAACUUCGGCAUCAUCAUCAUCAUCAUCGGGUUACUCUAGGAAUGUCGCACCUGCCUAUCAGAUGAGGUAUGACGACUAUAUGGAAGCGCCUUAUUCCAAAAGGGUUUAUCGGCAAAAAUUCUACGGACCUGAGGAUUCGGAGGAUGGGGAUGAAAUUUUACCGCCACCGAUUAGGGAGGCUUUAUUGUUGCGAAUGCUACAGUUGGCUAUCAAUGUGGAACGACCACCGAUGUCAAUGGCUGUGCCCAGUACGUCGAGAUACAGGAAAAUGGGACCUAUUCGAAGUGUUCAGAUUAUAACGGAUGAUUCUGAGGAGGAGAAGGAGGCGAGGAAGAAAAUGUAAAAUUUCUAAAAGAUCCGUGAAGAGCUUGCGUGACAAAAUAAUUGGCAGCAAGUAAACCAGCCGCGCCCAGGGUGGAGCAAAGUGCACAUGCUGCAGCAGCACAGGCCGGUGAUUCCGCAGGCGCAAGAUCGGCAAUUGCCGCUAA